AUGCAGAUCAAAACAAUCCCGAUAUUACACUCAAUUGCAAACGAACUUAAAGCCCGAGAAUGUACGUUUGGCCGAAAAUAUGCUUUGCAAGACAAGAUCAUAAGACAACAAAAGUGGAAUACAAAGAACUGCUAUAUGACUUUUACGACAAUUGGGCAAGAAGCAUCAAACAAGCUUUCUGUUCUAAUGUCAGGAACGAAUUUACUACAAGAAGUUGGUACAAUCUGUACUGGGGACAUCUAUUUGUUUAAUGUUGGGCCAAAGCUAGGGUCACUGAAUCUUUUGGCCUUUCGCAAAAUGCGUUUCUCAAGUAAGGUGUAUUACGAACAGAACGAUGCAAAUCUGGUUAGAAAUUUGAGGCGUAAAUUCGGCUCUGAUUACGCCCUGGUCCCUAGCGCCUGGACAGCUCCGACAGUCAAACUCUAUGAGCCUAUUAUAAGCACGGAAAAGCAUUUAUACGAAUUACAGAGCACUGGUAACCGCCCAGCUUGUUUUAGUUGUUUUACUGAUUCUAAUUCAAAACUAGAGUUCAAAAGGAGAAAGAUGGUACCUUGUCAAACCCCAAGAAAACCAAAUAUCUUGCUUGAGAGUUACCGCUCAGAAAAUUUAACAUAA